AUGCUUGACGCGCUCGCCCCCGAGCUCCUUCACCUCAUUGUGUUCGAGUGCACGGCCCUGGACGCCCGCGACGUUCUUGCGCUCUCACUGUCGUGCCAGUACGUCCACGCUGCGCUCCUUGGCAGCGAGUACGGCAAGUUGCGGGCCCAGGCUCUGUUGGGCUUUGCCGCAUGCUGCACACGUGGCCUGUGGGCGGCGGCGGCACGGGCGCUGGAUGCUCGCGUUGUCGCCGCGCUCACGCUUGCAGACUUGGUCCAGGUAGCGUCGGCGGCAGAGUGUCUGGAGGAGCUCGCGAUUGAGCUGGUGGAGCUUGCAAGUGAGGAGGAGAAGACAACCAUGCUCUUGAUGGGCGCGUGCGAGGGUCUCGCUCGUCUAGUUGCGGUGCUGAUGAACGACGGCGUCGCCGUCGCCACCGACAACAGCCUUGCUCUCCGGGCUGCAUGUCGCGCUGGCCAUGCCGAUGUGGUCGCCGCUCUUCUUGGCCAUCCUGACAUUGAUCCAGCCGCCGCCGAGAGCGAGGCGCUUCGCAAGGCCUCCGCUGGUGGAUCGACCGCAGUCGUGGCUGCGCUGCUCGCCACCGGGGCUGUCGAUGCUGGCGCGUGCGGCAACGAUGCCAUUGCUAUGAGCUCCGCCAACGGGCACGCCGACGUGGUGGCACUCCUCCUUGCUCAUCCCAGCGUUGAACCGGGUGACAACAACCAGCGCGCCAUCUGCUGGGCGGCGAGCAACGAUCAUCCGCAAGUCGUCCAGGCGCUGCUGGCCGAUGCCCGAGUCGAUCCUUCGGCGCGCAACAACGAGCCGAUCCGCCAGGCGGCUGGGCGUGGCUUUGCCGCAGUCGUCGACUUGCUCCUCGCUCAUCCUGCAGUCGAUCCGGCCGUCGACUCUAACUAUCCCAUUCGCUGGGCCGCCCGCUAUGGCUGCGCCGACGUCGUCCGUUCACUCCUCGCCCACCCAGCCGUCGACCCCACCGCCGACUCCAACGAAGCACUCGCCUCGGCCAUUGAAGGCGGCCACACCGAGACCGUUGAUCUCCUCCGCGCUGCCUGCUGCCAUCUCGAUCGUUCGCCGCCAAACCGCAGCCCUCGCCAUCGCAAGGCCUGCUGCAUCUCGUGA